AUGGUUGCUGUAAGCGAUAUUAACAAUGAUAAUAAUCUUGAUGUGAUCUUUGUUUGUCCAUCGAAAAGUAUAAUCUCUACUGUUGAUGGAUAUGGUAAUAAUAGUACUUUUGAAAAUCAAAUGAAAAAGAUAAGCAGUAGUGAUUUUCGACUAGUAUCCAUAGCUAUUGGAGAUUUUAGUGAUGAUAAUAAAGUUGAUUUUGCUGUUGGUAACUGUGGAAGCGGUGUUAGUAUUUUUUUUGGAUAUAAUAAUGGAACAUUUGCUUAUCAAACAACAUAUUCAACGAGAGCUAAUUCUCAUCCGAAUUCAAUAGCUGUUGAUGAUUUUAAUAAUGAUAAUCAAUUGGAUAUUGUAGUAACUAAUGAAGAUGUGAAUAGUAUAGGUCUUCUUUUAGGUUAUGGAAACGAAAAUUUUGCCAAUCAAACAAUCUUAUUAAAUCAGUCGGACUUUCAACCAUUUUCUAUAACUAUUGCUGAUAUUGAUCAUGAUCAUUGUUUGGAUAUUAUUGUAGCUAAUCAUAAAAAUGAAAGUAUUAGCGUGAUUUUUGGUGAUGGAAAUGAUAAAGUUAAAUCAAUAAUUCAAUAUUCUAUUGGUUAUAGUUCUCGUCCAUAUUCGAUAGUACUUUAUGAUUUUAAUAAUGAUACUCAUAUAGAUAUAGCUGUUACUGAUGAUGCUACGAAUACUAUUAAUAUUCUGUUUGGAUAUGGAAAUAUACAGGAUAUAAUUCUAAACCAUUACCUCUUGUCGUUGGAGAUUUCAAUAAUGACUUAUUACUAG